UAUAUAUAGUUAUAUAUAGUUCUACUUGAGCUGUAAUAUGUAUAACAAAAGCAGUCAAGAGCUGCUGUCAAUAUGUAAUUUCACCAAAUUCUACUGCCCACACUGCUGCUGCAUCGGUUUAAAAUAGUAUGCCCUCUUUCUACUGUUGCCUGCACAAUGCAGACCCAGCUCUCUGGCAAGUCCCUAAACAUCAGUUUUGUCUUCUUUUGUGAUAGUGGUGAGAUUGUGUCAUUCCCAUGGGGCCUCAUGCAGUGAUCCGAAAGCUUAGUUUGGGUUUUUCUGGACUUAGUCCAAAAGUGGAAGGUCAAAUUUAAAAACAGUGUUACUGAACCAGUAUUACUUUGAGUUGGGAUUUCUUUUUUAUACAUACUAAAUAUGAAACAGGGAGGAGCUGUCUGUUGCAUGUACUUUGCCAGAAGGAGGAAAAAUAAGGAUUACAUAUUCAGUGGAGGUAAAAACUCCAGAUCUUUGGGUGUCCUCCAGUUCUUGCCAGUGUGAGAAAUGUGUUUGUUUUAGCAUGACAUAGAAUAGAUGUAAACAUUUCUUUUUAAACCUCUCUGUGUGGCCACCUCAGUUGUUCAGGAUAAUGUAAGCCACUGACUUUCUCCCUUAAGUGGUUAUAGAGUUAGCCCAAUAUAUUUUUUUGGGAGAGGACAAAGAUACCUUUUCUUAGACAAAUACAUGAUUGAUUAACUGGGUAUGGAGACAGAGGAAUUAAGCAUAAAACUAGUGCUGGAGAGUGCUGAUUUAUUGGGAGAAUCCUUGGGAUCAGUUUAAGACUGUGGUUCCUGUUUGUUCCCUGGGCUCUGGUGAGGAUGAACGGCUCACUAUGCAUCUAUGCAGGGUUACAGUUUGGCAGCUAGGCAACAACCAAGGAAUCAGAGAACAGCCCAGUCCAAUUUACUGUGCCAUCUUCAGCAAAGUUGUUUGGGCUUCUUUGGUUUUGAUUUUUUGGUUGGUUGCUUGUUUCCCUUCCCCUGUCUCCAUAAGUGUAGCCCUCCUUCAGUAAAAAUGGGCCAAAGUAGGAACUGUUGAAAUGUACCUGUGGAGCAAACACAACAAGAUCCUGAUGAAGCAGUGGGCUGUGCUUGCUGAUGAGGCCAAGCUGCCAUGUGUUUAGAUGUGCUCUGGGAAUGUCUUUGCAGGUAAUGAGCCUCAGACCUUGUGACUUUUUCUUAGGGACUUUUUUGUUCAGGCAAUAUUUACUGAGAGGCGUAGAAAAUGCCACAGUCUAAACUGAUAUAUGUAUUUAAUGUUCUUUCCCCAAGUAAUCAUGUAUCUCAAUGUUACCUAAUAAUGGGUUUUCCUCUUCCCUCCCCCAUUAGCUGUUUUCAGUACAAAUGUUUCUCAGGAAAUCCUCCCUUAUUUCCAGUGUAAAUGUUAAUAAUUCCAAGUAGUCACAAAUGGACCAUAAUAUUUUAAACUGUAAAAAACAAAAACAAAAAAAACCCAAACCAAACCAACAAAACUUCAAAACCAAAACACAAGAAGAAACACUUUUUCUACCUUGUGAAUAACAACUUUAUGAAUAAUAAUGAAACUAAGGAUUUUUACUCAGGUGAAAGAUCAACCAGACUUUAGUGGCUGCAUCUUGCGUGAUUUGUUUGAUUUUAUUACAUGAUAGUAGGAAGGGAGGCCUGUAGUUCAGAUAUUGUAGAUUCUUGCAGAGCAAGGUGUUUAAAUGUGUCUCCACAGAACCUGACCAAAGGCUUUCUUAGGUGUAAUGCAGCUUCUCAUAAGACUGUCUUCCCCAAGCCCACUGAAUGUCCCAUUGAAUAUGCAGAAGUCUUAAUAUCAUCUGACAUAGUUCUUGACCAUUUGUUUUUGAUAUAAGUUGCUAUAAGUGAGUAGGAUGAGAAGAAAAUACAUGAUGUCCAAAAUUAAUUAUUUCCCUUUCUGUAUGCCCUUCUUCCUCUUUGACAUUCUCCUCCUUACACUAAGGCCAAGGGACUUUCCAGGAAUUUAUUGCACAAACAAAGAACUAUAAAUCCUUUUAAUAUUUAUAGCAUAAUCUAGUUUGUUUUGAUGUCUGAGAUAGUUUUGGCCAGAGCUUUCCAGUAAAAAUAGCACAGCCCACAAGACAGUAUUUCCAAGCUCUUGAUUCUUUUAAGAAUUCCUCUCUGCUUAGUAAACUGUUGGCUUAUACUCUGCUUUGAAGCUGCUUAGACCACCCCAAGCAGUCCUUGGCCUUUUAGGUCCAAACACAUUGGCUUAUCGCAGGACAGGAAGAAAGGUCUGUGUUUUUUCCUUGCUUGGAGUUUUUUAACUCUGGAUUUGCAGGUCACAUUGGAGAGAUGGAUGCAGACCUACCACAGAGGUCUUCUGUCUUUCCCUGCCUGCCCUCUCCUGUUAUCUGUGCAGUGGCUAGGCGGGAUGGAGGGACAAGAAGGCAAGGAGGAAUCCAGAAGCUAAAGUAGCAGCCCCUCUCUUCCCUUCUUCCUGCUUAGGAGAUGAGUGGCAGGCCUCUGAUUCACCUCUCAAAACAUGUUUAGAAAGGUUUUGGUUUUGGUUACAGAGGAGAUGAGUAAUUGUUCAGGUAUGUUUUUAGAAGUAAUAAAGACAGGAAAUACGAAUGUUUAGGAUCAAGUGGACAUAAUUGUUUCCCUCGGGAUGCUGCUUCGUGGGGCUGGGCAUUAACCCUUGAAGCAGCAGGCUCCAUGGCGCCCUCUCCUGCUGUCACUCGGGCAGCUCUGUAGCUUUCUUUCAGGGAUGGGCUGGAUUUUUACUGGCAGCUUUCUGCUGCCUUGUAGUUAAGUAUGGGAUUUCCUUCCUCUCCCAGUGUGGCUUUUUUUGUGAGCUGGGAGCCAGGUGAGACUCUCUUCCCAUUAGUAGGGAGAGAGGAGAGCCUGGUGUGGUGUGUUGGCUCAUACACCUGGUUCUCAUUUCUUGUGGUCCAUAAGCUGUACUUGAUUGCUGUGGUUGUGGUCCCAAUGAGUUGUAGGUCAGAACUAGCUUAAGGGUAUACUUGAAUAGCAAAUGAAUCUGGGACUGGAAAACUAAAAAAAAAACAAAACCAAACAAAAAGAACCCCACCAGAAUAAAAGGCUAAUGUGACAAGAUACAUGAGUUGUUCUUUGAUUUGCAAAGUUUGUUUUCUUCUGGAAGUGUGGGAACAUUGUGGAGGGAUGAAUGUGUUGCACAGUGUUACCGCAGAGGUAACGUGAGGGAGCCGUUGUUUAAAAACCAAAAAGGCUUGGCAGCACAUGAGCUCCAGGUAUGGCACAGGCAAGUUUCACCUGGUGCUGCACAGAGAGGCUUUUAUUAAGGUGAAGUGGACCAGUAAGCUGGGCCUAUCGGAGACAGGCAGUGAGGCAGACACCCCAAGGUGCUCACUCCCUGGUGAAUCUGGCCACAAGAAAUGUGUUUGACAUGCUACUGCCUGGGGCUGGCUGCUGUCCUUGGAAUGGAUGUGGUCUCUAUGUGGGAAAUAAGGCCUCUAGCAGAAUGUAGAAGAGGCUCAGGUUUCAGUAUCAUGACUCAUUUUCCCAGUGGUUGACCAAAGAGCAGAGGGCGUGAUGGGGAGCUGUCGUGAGAUGUACUCCUGUUGCUAUUAAGAAAUGACAGGGAUUGAAAACAUAUAUCACCAGAAAUGUGAAGUUCAGAAAGCCUGGACCACCCACAGUAACCAAAGCACAUGACGUCUCCCAUGGGUCACUCCUGCAAAUGGGAAUUUUUGGUCUAAUUUGCAGUGAAAUAUUUGAUGUUUUCAAAAUGUAGAAGAUUUCGGGCACCCUCUGGUCUCACUGUUUACUGCUCACAUAGCUGACUGUGAGAGGAGACAUCUUGGCAAGGGUGGCCAACUCUGGUAGUGUUGACUCAGGGCAGGAGCUGUGAGGUGAGAGCUGCAUCAAGCGGAUUAGUUUGAUACAAGCUUUUCAGGUUGGAUGUGUGUAACAGAUCUACAUCUUAACAGGAAGUGGAAGUCAGUUAUAAAAUCACAAAAAACGUACAAAAACCAUUAGUGGAAGAAGAGAUGCUGCCAAAACAUGGUUUUCUGUUGCUUUCCAGUAUUCUUGCCUAGCUUGCACCUCUAAGACAAAGUCCCAGGUGGUACCCUAAUGAAAAGUGGCACACUAGGUGACCCCCUUUGUUGUUCAAAGCACCAGGCCAAGCAAUGUUUCUGUUAAUUUUCCUAUAUGUCUUGAGUGACUUCCAGUGAUGACCAGUCCAUUCAGUCUGUUGCCACCUUUUCCUUUUGCUCAAGGUGCCCUUGCUGAGCACCUUAGAGCAGUUUCUGCGUUGUCACACUUGUGUGCGUGCAGAAGGCAGUGUUGUGUUCAACGUGCUUGUGCUGCUUUUAUACUUGAGUAUAAAUAAACAUUUCUGCUAAGUUAACAGGGCUUAGCAGAAGAAGUCUGCAGCACUAAGUCUGAUCCUUCUUUCUACUUUUUGUGUCAAAUCUGGUUAGUUUACUAAGAGCUGUUUCUGAUUUAUGACUGAAGGGGUGAAAUGAAAAUAGGAUGUUGUUGAUGAAGAGGACUCAAGUGAACAUUUGAACAAAUGAGUAAAGGCCAAGGAAAUUAGAGAAGUAAAACCAGGCACUAAUUCUUUAUCUUUGAGCAGUGUUAAACAUAAAAUACACCGAGUAAAUGUGUAUGUGUUUUGCAUUUGUGUGAGUUUAUCUCAGCCUACUCUCUGGAAACUCUUAAGAUUAUUCUCCUACAAGUUUCCAGACAAUGAGCUGCAGGUAACUGUGGGAAACUUAUGAUCAAGCUGCUCCUUAUUGUGCUGCUGUAUUCUGGAAGAGCAGACUUGCAACAUCUGGCUUUUCUGUUCCUUCCCAGCCCUCCCACUCUAAAACCAGUGCACAUCAAGUCAGGUGGCUUUCAAAAUUAUGAGCUUGUCACUAGAUCCUCUUUUCAUUGUCCUGUUUGGUGCAACUUUUGAGAACAAUAUAAAAUGGAUUUUUAAAGGCUGCAGAUGCUGCAGUACAUAAGCACUGGGAGAUGUAACUAUCUACAGGUUUGAGAACUGGAGCCAUUGUAAGGUAACAGAUACACUGCUUUAUUUAAGAUGAAAAGUUGUUCUUCGAAUAAAAAUUGGGUUAUGUACUUGGACUAUUAAAUACACAUUUGUUUCAGAAAUGCACAAAGUGCUAUUUGUGUGCCACUUAGUAAAGUUCACGUGGAAAAGCUGAAUCAUCCAAGCCAUCUGAAUGAUGCACACUAUUCAGUAGUAGUUUUCUUCAGCAGGCAGCUGGUGAUCUCUCUUCCUGUAUUUGGGGCUUGGGUGGGGGAGGAAAAGGAAGACAGGAGUCUCUGUGGGGGGGAGACCUAUUGGUUCAUAUGUGCAAACUUUAUGAUUUUCCUGAGAGAUCUCUAAAUUUGUGCUUUUCCAUUAAGCUUUGAAACCAUUCAUGGAAGCUGAUGGCAAUGUUCUCGUUCCUUUGCGUCAGAAGGCAAAAAAGAAAAGUCAAGGAUUCUUUAUAAUGAGCCGACGGAGGAUAUCGUGCAAAGAGCUGGGACAGGCGGAUUGCCAAGGAUGGCUCUACAAAAAGAAGGAAAAAGGAGCUUUCAUUGGCAACAAAUGGAAAAAGUUCUGGUGUGUGCUGAAGGAGUCAUCACUGUAUUGGUACAGCAGUCAGCUGGCUGAAAAAGCAGAAGGAUUUAUCAGACUUCCAGACUUCAGUGUGGAUCGAGCAAUUGAAUGCAAAAAAAAGCAUGCUAUUAAGAUCAGCCACCCACAGAUCAAGACAUUUUAUUUUGCGGCAGAAAAUGUUCUGGAAAUGAACACGUGGCUAAGUAAGCUGGGGAUGGCUGUAGACCCUCAGGCACCAAACGGGAAGAAUGAGGAAGAAUGUUACAGCGAAAGCGAACACGAUGAUCCAGAAAUAACGGACACGCCACCUCCCCCCUACACAGUCCAGCCCUCACCUCCUCCCUUGCAGGAUCAGCAGAAGUCAUCUUUCACCUCAACUCUGUCAAGUGAAGCAUCUUGUUCUCUCUCCUCUCCUGAAAGCACUUUCAACUCACAAGAGUCAUCAUCUUCCUUGGCAUCCAAAGUGGUUUAUUCUGAAAGGCAGUCCUGGCUUGACCUAGUUAACAGCUCUGCCACAGAAGAGGGUGAUCAGCCUUUAACUUUCUGCGUACAGAUUCAUUCUGAUGAGCCACCAGAAGUAGUCUGUGGAGAAGCAGCAGAAAGCCAGGAAGUCCAGCUUUCCCAACCCAACAAUGGAUCCCAAAACUCUUACUUAAAUGCAGAUGCAUAUUGUCUAGCAGUGCCAGAUGCAACAGGACAGAGAUCACUAGCCAAAGACCAGGAAAAAUAUGAUGAUGAUGAGAUGGAGAGACUUUACAAGUCAUUAGAGCAAGCAAGCCUGUCUCCCAUUGGUGAUCGUCGUCUGUCAACAAAGAAGGAACUUAGGAAGUCAUUUAUCAAACGCAGCAAAAACCCCUCCAUUAAUGAGAAACUCCACAAAAUUCGAAUGCUGAACAGCACAUUAAAGUGUAAGGAACAUGACUUGGCCACAAUUAACCAGUUGCUAGAGGACCCGAAGUUGACAGCACUGAAGUUCAGAGAAUGGAGGAGCACGAACAUCAUGUUGGUCCAAGAUAUUUAUCAGCAACAGGAGAUCCUGAAUGUGUCCACAGAGAAUGGUGAGGAGCAAGAGAUGACUCCACAGCUAAUCACUGAAAGUGCAAUAUGAUCAAUGGUUCAUGGCAAAAUUUUUCUCCACGGGUCUUCAUGUACAGGGACUUUAAUCUGCUGUAUCUUAAGGUUUGAUUUUUGCAAGUGUUCUUCAGAAGAAAAACAACCCCUUCUCCAAACUUUCGAUUUCUCUUGCAAAACUCAUUUCAUUCCAAAAGAGCAAAUGCCCCAAGUUAAAAAUGCAUGCCUGAAUCAUCUGGGCUGCAUAUCUAAGAAGACUAAUGAAGCAGUGAAGAAAUGUUUUUCAGUCUUUGGAGAAGAAAAUUAUGGAUGUCCAGUUCCUGGAAAUCACAGAACUGUGUAAUAUGUCCCAUAUAAAUGUGAGAUCUUUGGGAUUGCUUUAACCAUAUGACUUACCUUUAAAUGAAGCUAAACCAAUACCAACAGGAUGUAGUCUGCUCUGCCUUUUUACCCUCUAAGGUGACUUGAUAUAUGCAUUUUCGUAUCUUCAUUCAUUCACUUUCAUCACUGUACCAGUUUAAACUGAGACAAAUAGAAUAGUAAUUAUGUAUGAGUUUAUACAACAGACAGCCACUGGGCACCCAGUUUGGGCCCUGCCUGAUGUUCUUUGAGUUUCAAAUUUAUUUAUGGUCCAGGCCAAGGCAUUGUCUUUCUACAUGAAGAAAAGGUCUCUUAAUUUUUGCUAACAGGUAAUUUACUCUUCAGUGAGACAAGUUUCAACUUUUCUUAUGAACUUACCAGAAUUCCUUGGAAGAUUCUUUUCCUCUUUCUUAUUUUUGACAAUUGGGAAUAUAUAAGGUACAAGUUUAUUCCAGAGUCUUACUUGGGAAGGUGAUCAAGUUCACAAGGCAGAAGCUAAAUAACUAAAUUCCUAAUGUGGACCUGAAUGUAUAAAACAAAGCUGCAAAUAUUUUUGUAAAUAUAUGUAAUUUUAUGGCUUAUGUGAAUGUGACUGUACUAUAUAUAUGUUUUAUUUAUAUAUUUAUAAUACUUAAUUUCCUAAUAUAAAUAGGCAUGCAUGGACCAAACCCACCCACAUGCAAGUGUGUAUAGGUUGA